AUGGCUCGAGCAAUGGAUAGUAAUUCAGAAUCUGAUUUGAAUUAUCUAAUUGAUUGCAUGUAUUUUAUAAAUGGCCAUUGCAAUUUAAACGAUAAUUGUCAUUAUCGUCAUUGUCGUGAAGCUGUUCAACAAACAAAGAAUUGUACAAAAUGGCCAAAAACAUGUCGUAAUAUUACAUGUCCUUAUCGACAUGGUGCAAUAACAUUUCAAGCAGUUAAAAAGAACCAAUCACAAAUACCAGAGACACUACUGACUCAAUCUUGUCAACCGCAACCGCAACCACAAGUAUUACCAAUAACACGACAAGAAGGUUUUAUAAGUUUCUUUUGGGAUUACGAAAAUGUUCCUAUACCUAAAGGACAAAAGCCUUUUGAUAUUGUUCAACGUGUUCGAAAAAAACUAGUUGUUGAAUCUGGUUUACAAGAAGCUGCUUUUUCUUGUUUUUGUAAUACUAAUACAAUAUCUCAAGACAAUCAACAAAGUUUACAUCAUGCAACUGUUCGUAUUAUUCAUGUACCUGAUCGAAAACCAGGUGCAGUCGAUCGACAAAUCAUGCUAGAAUUAGAUCGUUUUGAACGUGUUCAUCGUCCACCUGCUACUGUCGUCUUGAUUUCUGGUGAUAUUGAUUUUGUUGGAAAAUUAAGUGAUCUUCGUCAUCAAGUUGGAUUUCAUGUUAUUGUUAUACACAAUAAACCAGCUAAAGAAGAAUUAAAAGCAACUGUAAAUGCUCAUUAUCCAUGGGAAUUAUUUACUCAACAACAACAACAACAACAACAAAAACAGCAACAAUCAGUAAAGAUACCAAAUCAGUUAGAUCCGACUAGAAUUGAACGGCCAAAUCGAAUACGUCAUACAAGUAGUUCUAAUAGUUUACGUCGCAGAGAUCCAUCACCAGGUUCAUCUAAUAGACAAGUACCAAUUGUUAAUAAUCAAGAUAUAAAAAAACAAAAAUGUCCAAAAUGUCCAAGUGAAUUUGAAUCCGUUCAAAAUUUACAACAACAUCAAAAUACGAAAAAUCAUUUAUUCAAUUGUCCUGUUUGUAAUGAAAUUUUUUUUUCAUUAACAAGUCAAAUUCAACAUCAAAAAGAUAAAAAACAUUAUGUUCAUGAUUUUAAAUGCAAUCAAUGUAAUAGAUAUUUUUCUAAACUUGAAAGUUUGAAUCAACAUCAACAAGCUACUGGACAUAUAUCAUCAUCGAUGCAAUCAACAGACAAUAAAGAAUUUGCUCUUCAGACAACUUCACCAACAUCAUUAGCAUUUAAUAAUCAUGAUAAUAAUAUGAAUGAUCAAGAUCCUCUGAUAAUUAUUCUGGAAGGUAUUGAAGCCAUAAAACAAUAUUAUGAAAAGCGUGCUUUAAGAAAUGAUUGA